AUGGCAUCGUUGUUGUCGAUAGAUGAAGUGCAGUACGAGUGCAGUUGUGGUGAAUGGAGCAGUCUGAAUCGUCUGUACUUCUGUCGUCAUUGCUCGCAAUUGAAAUGUUAUUUCUGCGUCAGUCAAGAACUAGACACGACAUUCUGCCCGUAUUGCCUGGACAACUUCUCAACGGGUGAGGCAAGGCAGAAGAAGAAUCGAUGCUCCAAUUGUUAUCGUUGUCCUGUUUGUGGUACGUCGUGUUUCAAUUACAUCACUUGUUCAUUCUAG